AUGUUUCCUAGGAAGUAUAGUUCUAGAAAUGAAAAGAGAAAGAAGUGGAUGAAAGUAGAACAAUUAAUUCAAUCUCAAUCGGGAGCACUUGAUAAAUAUUUUGGUACCAAGAAACAAGUAGAUAUUUUGGGUUCAAAUGACAAUGAUGAUGAAGAUUUGGUAAUUGAAGAACCUACUCAUUGUGUGAAUAAUAAUGAGAAUGAUGAUUUGGUGAUUGAACAACCUAGUGAACAUAUGAAUGGGAAUGAGAAUGAGAAUGAAGAUUUGGGGAAUGGUGAAUCUAGUGAAAGUGAAGAUGUCAAUGUUGAAUGUGGACCUCUAAACAUUUAUGACCCUAGUAAUUGGGACAAGAUUGAUCAAAAUUUAAGGGAUUUACUAGUUGAAAGAGGUCCCAUAAGAGGUAAUGGUGUGAAUUUUUCCCUAGAUGACAAAGAUAGGCAUUUUUCUUCUACAUUUUACAUGCGACAGUUACAAAAUGGAGAGAAGCAGGAUAGGAAGUGGCUAGCUACUGAUGGAUUGAAAGAUUGGAAGAAUAUAGGCAACAGGCUUAGAAGUCAUGAAACUAGUUAUGAGCACUUUAUUUGCAUAAGCAAAUGGAUUGAAUUGGAAACUAGAUUGAAGAAGAAUGAAACAAUUGAUAGAAGUGUUCAAGAACAAAUCAACAAAGAGAGGGAACACUGGGGACAAGUGUUACUAAGGAUAAUUGCUAUUAUAGCGAUCCCGGUUCUUCCUCCUUUGGUUGUUGUAUUCGGACUUGAUUCCGUGGAUGGCGUUACAGCUAUUGUGAUCACUCUUGCUAAAAAUAAUUUAGCUUUUCUUGGAGACAAUGAGAAGAUUUAUCAAGAAAGAAAUGGAAUCUUUUUAAGCUUAAUUGAAAUGCUUGCUAAAUUUGAUCCAGUAAUACAAGAGCACAUUCAACGUAUUCAAAGGAGUGAAAUUCAUUACCAUUAUCUUGGCCACAAAAUCCAAAAUGAAUUGAUACAGAUGUUAGCGAGUGAGAUCAAGAGUACGAUUGUGGCAAGAAUCAAAGAAGCAAAAUAUUUUUCAAUUAUUCUUGAUUGUAAUCCAGAUGUUAGUCAUGAAGAACAAAUGUCUCUUGUGAUAAGAUGUGUAGAUGUUUCAACUAGUCCGGUAAAGGUAGAAGAAUUCUUUUUAGAAUUUUUGAAAGUGGAUGAUACAUCGAGGCUAUCUAUUUCUUUAGAGUGGUACAACGCAUAUGUGUUGUUUUCAUCUUCUACAAAGAGGUGGAAAAUUUUCAAAGACAAUGUGGAAGGUCUCACACUUAAGCCAUUAUCACAAACUCCUUGGGAAAGUUGCAUUGAAAGUGUUAAAGCUAUACGAUACCAAGCUCCACAAAUUAGAGAUGCUUUAAUUCAGUUGGAAAAAGAAGCUGAUGAUCCCAAUACAAAGUGUGAAGCUGAAUCCUUAGUUACAUCUGAAAUUGAGAACUUUGAGUUUUUGCUUGGCAUGAUUAUUUGGCACAAUCUGUUGUUUGCUGUUAAUUCUGUUAGCAAGACAUUUCAAGCUGAAGACAUGCAUAUUGAUGUUGCUAUACAUCAAUUAAAAGGACUCAUUACAUUUCUUGAGAAGUAUAGAGAAACUGGAUUUUUGGAGGCCAUGAUUGAAGCUAAAGAAGUUGCAAUUGAAAUGGAGAUUGAACCUACAUUUCGUGAAAGGCGUGUCAUUCGUAGAAAGAAACAUUUUAAUGAGAAUGUUAGUGAAGAGGUUGCACAAUCAGCUGAAGAAUCCUUUAGAAAGACUUAUUGUGCUAAUCUUGAAGAGUUUUUGAAACAUGAUGGGCUUAUGGAUGUUGAUGGGAGAGAUUUAUUUUCUGAGUUGAAAGUCUUCAAAGAAAUUUUGCCAAAAGAAAUCAAUAGGCCAAUUGAGGUGAUGAAUUAUUUGAAAUUGAUGGAUGGUUGUUUUCCAAAUGCCUGGAUUGAGUAUAGAAUAUUAUUGACUAUUCCAGUUACCGUUGCAUCUGGAGAAAGAAGUUUUUCAAAGUUAAAAUUGAUCAAAUCCUACCUUCGAUCAACAAUGUCACAAAAAAGAUUGAAUGGAUUAGCUAUAUUGUCUAUUGAAAAGGAUUUGGUAGAUAAAUUAGAUUAUACAAACUUAAUUAGUGAUUUUGCAGCUAAAAAUGCAAGAAGAGUAGUAUUUAAGUGA